UCAGCAGAAUCAGCUUCCGAAGUCCACCAACCAAAGCUGCCACUUGCUGUGGCGAACGAACUCAGCUAACAAAGACAAAGCUCCCAACUUUGAUUGAAACCUCAAUUCUCAUACUUUCGAACCCUAAUUUCACACCCCCAUUCUUUAAAUUUCACAAUUUACUUCCAAUAGAACCCCAACAUUCAAAGAAAGGAGAAAUUUUUUUCCUUUAUAUUGUGUUUUCUGUUCUGUUCUGUUCUGUUCUGUUCUUAUUCGCUGUUAUUUUUCCCAAUUGUUCUAGGUUGUUGCAUAACAUAACCUCUUUUUUGGUUGCAUAUCAUAACAAAUUAGAUAUAUUUGUUUUGAUUCAUUUGGGUAGUUUUUCAAGUUAUUUGGCAUCAAGAUUUGAUUUUGAUUUGUGGGGUGUUCUUAAGUUUUUAUUUUUGUUAUGAAAUUUGUUUGGGGAUGGCACUUGAAUCAUUGGUUCUCGGUCACAAAGUCUUCCUCACCGGCUGUUCUAGAUUACCUUAUAUUGCACACUACAAUCGCACAAAGAGAGUUCCAAUGAGAGUUGUUUCCACAAAAGAUAGACACCCUUCUUGUCCCUUGGUGUCAAAUUGUUUUGACCCUUGUAGUUUUGGAAGCGUUUUUAUGGUUUCUAGUUAUACGAAAGACGAUAGAAGGUUGUUUGGUAGAGCUAGCUUUAGGUGUUUGGCAAGUAGUGGCAAUGACUGUUUUCAAGAGAAAAAUGCUGUUUCCAAAGUGAAUCUGAAUUUUGUAAAGGGAUUGAUGAAGAGUGGGGUGAUUCUGGCUGCAGCAGUUUGUGGGGUUUUGGUGUUUGGAUGCCCGCGAGUUUCCGCCGUCGAAGGUGUAGUGAAUGCUGGUUAUGGUGUUUUUGGACAGAGCAUACUCUUGCUUAGGAACACUUGGCCUAAGGUCUUGCAGGUUCUUCGUAUAUUUAAGGAGCAGGGGUUGAUAUUAGCAAUCCUUUUGGGGCUCUCAGCAUUCUUCUCUAUGGCAGAGACUUCAAUUACUACACUUUGGCCUUGGAAGGUUCGUGAAUUGGCUGAAAAAGAGUCAGAAAAUGGCGUCUUCAGAUUGCUUCGGAGUGAUGUUACUCGUUUUCUUACAACAAUACUUAUCGGCACAACUGUUGUGAAUAUUGCGGCAACUGCCUUGGUUACAGAUGCUGCAACAGCAAUGUUUGGGGAAGCUGGUGUCAGUGCAGCAACAGGAGUGAUGACUGUUGCAAUUUUGCUUCUCACUGAAAUCACUCCAAAAAGUAUAGCAGUGCAUAAUGCCACAGAGGUGGCUCGGUUUGUGGUCAGGCCAGUGGCAUGGCUUUCCUUGGUAUUGUAUCCUGUGGGGAGAGUUGUUACUUAUCUUUCAAUGGGGAUGCUGAAAAUGCUCGGCUUAAAAGGAAGAAGUGAGCCUUAUGUAACUGAAGAGGAACUAAAAUUGAUGCUAAGGGGUGCAGAAUUAAGUGGGGCAAUAGAGGAAGAGGAACAGGAUAUGAUUGAAAAUGUAUUGGAAAUAAAAGACACACAUGUGAGAGAGGUUAUGACACCACUUGUUGAUGUUGUUGCAAUUGAUGGAAGUUUAAGCCUUGUAGAUUUUCAUCAUUUGUGGGUCACACAUCAGUACUCGAGGGUACCUGUUUUUGAGCAACGUGUUGAUAAUAUAACGGGAAUAGCAUAUGCAAUGGAUCUGUUGGAUUAUGUUAAGAAGGGCGAUUUGCUAGAAAGUACUACAGUUGGAGAUAUGGCUCACAAACCUGCAUAUUUCGUACCCGAUUCAAUGUCCGUUUGGAAUCUUCUUAGAGAGUUUCGAAUCAGGAAGGUUCACAUGGCUGUUGUACUUAAUGAGUAUGGCGGAACUGUGGGGAUUGUAACUCUUGAAGAUGUUGUUGAGGAAAUUGUUGGUGAAAUCUUUGAUGAAAAUGACUCAAAGGAGGAGAUUCAGAAAAAAACUGGUUACAUAGUAAUGCGAGCUGAGGGUGUAUUUGACGUUGAUGCGAACACAUCUAUUGAUCAGCUCUCUGAAGAUUUGAACAUCAAGAUGCCAGAGGGUCACCAAUAUGAGACAGUGUCAGGCUUUGUAUGCGAAACAUUUGGAUACAUCCCAAGGACAGGUGAAUCGAUCAAAGUGUCUCUUGAACGAGAAGAUGAAGAUGAUGAUAACGAGGAGACCAAGUCUGACAACCAGGACUCAAAAGAGAAGAACCAGAUUUUUAAACUCGAGAUACUAGCUGGAAAUGCCAGAAAAGUGAGCGCUGUUCGGUUCGAAAGGAUAAAUGGUGAGGAUGAGACGUUGGAGGCCAAAGAAGUAACUCAUUUUGUCCCUAAAAUUGUGAAGAGAAAAUGGAAUAAUGGUGAGGACUCGGACGAUGCAGACUACGAUGGAGAUGCAUUUGCGAAGAGACCGCAGCACGAGAUUUCUAGCGAGUAUGUAGAUGAUCAGGAAAAUUCUGACAGAGAUUAAGGUUCACUCUUUUCAUUUUUUGUUCUUCUUUAGAUCUAUUUGGCAUGUUUUGGUGCCAUUUUUGCAACACCAUGUAAGAUGGGAAGGUACAUAUUGAAAAUGAGAAUCAAUAAUGUGAACACAUUCAUAAUUUUGUUCAAAAGGGAAUGGGGGUGUUUACACCAAUAAGCCUUGUAACUCAAUUGAGAUUAGCCCUUUUUUGCAAGUUUUGAAAUCAUGGGUGUGAUGAUUCAUCA